UUUCCCAACAUUUAACGGUGAAACUAUUGAUGUCCACAAUUUGUACCUAAGAUGUGGCGCCCUCUGCUGGAUGUUAUUUGUUACUACUAGAACAGACAUUAAUCUGACAGACAUUUGUCAUCUGUUAAACUGAAUGGUUUUAUUUCUGUAUAUGUUUUUCUCUAAUGUCUUGAUCCUCUGAAUGCCUCAGGUGAUCCAGAGACUUAAAUCCCUGCAGACCUUUUGACAUAAUGAGUGAAUCCAGUCCCAGCUUCACACACACAGCAUAGUGAGCAUUACCUGUGUGUAGAAGAUUAGGCAGCACAGGAAGAUUAGUCCCUAGCGUUACUUCCUGCUCUUUGAUUCUUCAUCCUGCACUCACUGGGGCAACAUCUCAUGGCGUCAUGCCUGUUGACUGUGCAGAGAUAAUGUGUAGAAUACGGUAGGUCUCUGUUCACAGAUUCUCCAGCAGGUGUUUCGUACAAAGUGAAUGCAUCAGGAGUGUGGCACCAUGAAGUUGUUUCUACUGCUGCUGCUGCUGUUUGGCUGUUUGCAAAGAGCCAUUUCUCAGUCGCCUGGAUGGAACGAGGAGGCAGAAGGUAGUGGCGUGACAGAAUGGAUGCCUCAGCCAAAUUUCAUCGAUGACAUCUAUUGGACUGGCACGGCCCCCGUUUGUGUGGGCGGCUGUAAGGGGCGGCACAAGGAGCUGAGGAGAGAUCCUUGUGGAGACUCGAGCUGCUGCUGGCUCGGAUACAAGUCCCUGUGCAGAGUUAACUGUGGAAGGCCAGAUGUGGACUAUAAUGGAGCAAUAUACGGUAACGACUGGUGGGUGGGCUCUGUGGUCAGGUACACCUGUCGCUCCGGCUUCAUGCUUUUGGGAAAUCCAACCAGUACUUGUCAGGCUAGCGGCCUCUGGACCCCGAAACCUACCUGCCUCAGAAUGUGUCCUCAGGGACGUAUUGAAAUCAGUGAAAGGGAAUUAAGUGGUUCAUGUAACUCCAACUGCACUAAUAAGAGUUACUUCGGCCCCCCAAAACAAGGCUGCUCUCGGAUAGACAACUGUGAGAAGAAGCAGACGGGCUGGAAGCGUUUCUUUGCGCAGUGUGUCCCUUGCAUUUGUGACUGCGCUUUAUCAUGUGGUGAGUAUUUUGCCCCACAGUCCCCGUCCCCCCUGUCCCCCCCGUCCCCCCACCCUGCAAUUUUCUCUCUCAGUGUAAUGCACUAGAAUUUGGUGAAAUGACGCUUUUAAAAACACAUUUGUCUUCAUAUUUUGUAAGCAUCUGCAGGCUAACACAUGGGGAAAACAACAUGUUGACUGUACGGUGAUAUUAUUGAAUGAAGAAGAAAUACACAGACAGCUUGUACACUGAAGAGACACUAUAUGUUUUGCUGCUUCUUCCAACUGCCGACAAAUCAGUGGAAAAAAUAUGGAUUUUUUAAGUCAUUAAUUUAAUCACUCUGGCCGACAAUGACUCCUUGGUUUCUUGGAUUUUACACAAAGACAAGAACAUUUCAGUGCCUCAGGUUCAAAUCCUUCUGCGUCAGCAGGGAAUGAUUAAUGAGGCAGAACUUUGAAAUGAACUCAACGAUUUAAGGCGGAAAAAGUUAAAUCAGUUAAUAACCCUCUGUGUCAGCCUUAGGUCAAGUUUUAGAUUCUUUGAAUGAUGGUUCAAAGAGGAGUGUUGACAUGGAUUAUCUGACAUGCUCUGUGUGACAUGUUUGCAUCUGUAACAGAAAGGAAGAAAUAAAGAUAAAAACCAGGAAAGAGGUGAAGUGAAACCGCAGAGAUUAACCGCUCUGCUUCGUGACUCCUCGUCUCAGUCCAUCUGCACUGGAAGGAGAUGAAACCUUAAUCCUGUUACGAGGGAGGAGCUUUGGGUUUUGAGACGCAGUUAAAUCUUUAAGUGUUGUGAAGGUCCUAUCAGCUGAGUGAACUGUACAGGUAGAAUACAGUGUUUGCUUUCUAAUAUUUAAAUUAUUGUUCAAACAAAAAAAAAAUUGUUGAUAAUUCAAAUAUUCAUUUUUUUACUGAGGGAUUGUUCAAAUGUGAAAUGAUGACUCGUGCAUUUCAAAGGAAUACAAGGAACAGUUGUUGGCCUAUCGGAAGUCGAAGCAUCCACAUGCUGAUCUCAGCAGUAAACAGCCUCUACGAUUCUCAUCCUUUGUUUUCUUACAAGUCUUUGCAGAAUCUAUGGACGAUUUAACAAUUGAGAAAAUAAUCUGUGGCACAUUUCUCAUCAGAUUUUAAGUUGCCCUGAGCUGACAAAUGUUGUCACUCUCAGAUGUUGUAUAUAAAACUCUCUCAGUGGUUAGUACACAGCCUGACAUGUCUUAUUAUAUUGUUGGUGUGGUCUGCUAAAUUCUAAUUUCAUGCAAUCCUAACGCCCCAUCUAUAUCCAAGUCCAAAGUGAUUUAAAAAUAACUCAAAGACUUUUGUUUGAUGUUUUUAUAUUCCUAACAGCUGUGGGUUGAUAAACUGCUCCUGUUAGCCACUAGAUGGUGCUGUUUAUUCUCAGAAAUCAGGUCACAGCGUUGAUU